GGUGUGGUGAGCAUUUAGCUGGGUGGCAAUAGAGUUCCUUUUUCAGCGAAGCCAAUCUCAAACUAACCAGUCAUUCCAGCUCAACUACCUCUCCCUCUCUCCUUUUCUCGCCCUCUCUCUGUCUCUCUCGUAGUCUCAUUCACCACACCAUGCCCUUCUCUGCAACUCUCUCACCUCCCACUCUUUCUUACUUCCCUCAAACACAACAAUACCAACAACAAUUGCAUCUUCCUCACACUCUCAAUCCCUAUCUCAAACCGAAAAGUUUCAGUCUUCAAUUUCAAUGCGCCCAAGCCUCCAGACGAACCCCUAAUUACCCUCAGGGCGGCGCUGAUAAUCUGGUUGAUGAUCCGCGCAACUGGAGCCGUUCGAUCAACUCCGAGGUCGACCGGCACUAUAAUUUCGAAGACGAUGAUGAAGACGAUGAGGAUGACGACGAUGAUGAAGAAGAAGAUAGGAGUUUGGAUUUAUUGGUGAGGUUUGUUCAGAAUAUGUUCAAGAAGGUCUCCAGGCGAGCCAGGAGGGCCGUACGAUCAGUUCUCCCCGUCUCAAUUCCCACCAAAUUGGUGGGGUUUUCUGUCAAUGGGGUGCUCAUGCUGGCAUUUUUAUGGGUCUUGAAGGCAUUUCUUGAGGUUGUUUGCACCCUUGGAAGUCUAGUGUUUGUAAGCAUCUUACUCAUCCGUGGGAUAUGGACUGGAGUAACCUACGUACAAGAAAACCGCAACCAGAAACUCCGCAAUUUUGAAGAUGAAAGUCGUCCGUGGACUGGCACACAGCCGGCAACCUGAUACUUCCACUCAGAGAAGAGAGUUGUUCAACUAUAAUCUCACACCAGAAUAGGAGGAGUAUACAAUAAACAAUAAAGGAGGACUACUUGAAAUCAAGGGUGAUGAGAAGAUAGCAUAAAAACCAUGGUUCUGGUCUGGAAAGAAUUAUAAGUAUGAUGUAACUUCCUGCCUGAAAAGGUACACAAGAUAUUCUUGUGAUUUUGAUUUAGCACCAUGUAUAAUAGCAUAGCAGGAUAAAAUUUUGUUUUGGGGAGGUGGGAUGAUGGUUGGGUUCCCCCUGUAUAAUACAUAUAAUGUCGACAGAAAUCCUGUCAAAAAUGAAAUUUUCCAUUGAGAGCUGCAUGUAGGGUCCUGUUUGGUAUAGCAUAUACUCGUCUGAUUUCAUUAUCUUCGAUUCUUUUCAUUGUUAUAAGGAUAGUUCAAUGCCAUCUAUAUUGACUCAUUUUCUCUAUUGGCAUGUGAAUAUAAUCAGUUAAUAAAUAUUUUACAAGAUCAUUUCAAGUUCCGGUGGAUUUCUAAUCUCUUAAACGUUCCUUCACAAGUGGGUGACUAUCAGCAAUUGAUGGAUAGCUAGAGCUGCCAACGCCGGACCCUAGCAUUCUUCUUGAAAGUGAUCAUCUGGCCACCAAACCAAGGAAAUAGUCACUGUUUCAUUAGGAAUGAUAUUGCCAAUGGUAAAUCACAUUCCCAAGGGAAGCUUUUCCAUAGUUGCCAUGCUACCAGUGACAAAGACAUCUAUUGGGGUAGUUGGGUAGGGCCGGGAUUGCUUUGCUUUGGCUACACAUUUGUGGCCCUUCCCGCAUUAUUAUCACCAUCAUACAAAGUAUAUAGUGUUGGCCACAUGAAUUUUUUGAAUUAUAUGCUUUUUUAA